AUUCUUCUUCCCACGGCGACCAUGUUGACGAUGUUCCGGCUGCGAACGAGGGCUUUGCGUCCUUGGGGCCAAUCCCGCCUUGUUCGUUCCGUAUCUUCUUCCGCCACCCCUCCGUUAAUUCGCAUUCAAGACGCUACUUUCUACGAGACCUAUCCAACCCCCGAAGACGAGGCCAAAGGCCGCAACCCUCCGCUGUUUCCUCACCUGAAUUUUGUCCUUCCAUCGAAAGCGACUCCGUCUACCGAAGGAGGGGAAGAGAGCCUCCAGCACUGGGCUGUUAUCGGUUCCUCAGGACGAACUCAGUUCCUCGAGAUCCUCCGCGGCCAAUACCUCUGUCUUCCGCCCACCGCACGCAGUUAUCCGUACCUGCUCACAGACGAGAUAGCCAAGAAGGAUCCCCGGCUGCGAUUCUCUGGGAAUGCCAUCCAAUAUAUUGGGUUUAGCGGUGAGGGAUCGGGGGCAAUUGGAGGCACGCGGGGCGCGUAUUUGAGUGCUCGGUAUGAGAGUCUCCGAGAGGAGACCGAUUGGACCGUCCGUCAGUAUCUCAGGGGCCAGACGUCUUUAAAUCCUCUAGAAGAGGAGAAAGAAGGAAAUGUGCAUAAUGAGAAAUUCCUCUCCGAGGUCGUCACUGAAUUGCGCCUAGAGGAAUUGCUGGAUAUGCCGGUUGCAAAUCUGAGCAACGGCCAGACGAGACGGACGCGGAUUGCCAAAGCUCUGCUCAGCAAACCGGAGCUUCUCCUUCUGGACGACCCGUUCAUGGGCCUGGACCCUGCUACCGUCCGAAGCAUCUCGGAUCUUCUCCACCGCCUCGCUACCAAGUCGGAUCCCCGUCUAGUGCUCUCUCUCCGGGCCCAGGAUCCCCUCCCAGAUUGGAUUACGCAUCUCAUGGUUCUAGGAAACUCGAACCGCGUGCUCUUGCAAGGACCACGAUCUCACGCUGAGUACGUCUUCGACGUAUGGUCCAACGUGGCCAAGGUCGCGCAUACGAGACGAAAGGACGAUGAAUAUCGGGAGAUGUUCCAGCAAGCUAAGGAUGAUAUGGCAGCGGGCUAUCUAGACCGUCAGCUCCUGUGGGACCUUGGGUUACUCUCCCACGACGCCAAGGAGGUAGAGCUGCCCCCACCCCGAGGAGGAGAGCCGCUGAUUGAAAUGGACGGUGUUCGCGUGCAAUAUGGCGACAAGCCUGUUCUCGGGGACUGGACCCAGAAAGUCAGGGGCGAGAAGCAAGAUGGCCUACACUGGACGGUCCGUCGCGGCCAACGCUGGGUCAUCCUGGGCGCCAAUGGCUCCGGAAAGACCACCCUCCUCUCCCUGAUCACUUCCGACCACCCACAAGCGUACGCCUUACCCAUCAAACUUUUCGGCCGCUCUCGUCUCCCAGAAGCCGGAAAGCCAGGAAUCUCUAUCUUCGAACUCCAGUCGCGAAUCGGCCACUCCUCCCCAGAGAUCCACGCCUUCUUCCCGCGCCAGCUCACCAUCCGCCAAGCCAUCGAGUCCGCCUUCGCCGAGACCUUCGUCGCGAAACCCACUCUGGAUCACGAGCGCGACCUCGACGUCAGCGCCGUGCUCCGAUUCUUCAAAGCAGAGCUCGACCCCAACGCGAUUGUUACCCUCAAGGAACCCCCUCCUAAGGUUCUCCCGGACCGCUCCCAAUUCCCCAAAACUGCCCGUGCCCUCCGCUGGCCCUACAUCCCGCUCGACUAUGACAUCGAAUACGCCGACUCCACCACAUUCGGCCAGCUCUCUACCACGCAACAGCGCCUCAUCCUCUUCCUACGCGCCGUCGUGCACAAACCAGAUAUUGUCAUCCUCGACGAGCCGUUCUCCGGCAUGUCCGGCUCCCUCCGGGACAAAUGCAUCCACUUUCUCGAACUCGGCGAGCAAGUCGGUAACAAGCCAUCCACUGCUACCCGACGCGCAGGGUACAAGGGUGAAUGGCUCCGCGGAUUCAACUCGGAUGAUUCUUCCUCAUCAUCUUCAUCUUCCUCCUCCUCUUCUUCUUCUUCUUCUUCUUCUUCUUCUUCUUCCCCAUCUAUCCGCCACCACGGUCUCUCUGACGACCAAGCCCUUAUCAUGAUCAGCCAUGUGCGUGAGGAAAUCCCCGAUAGCGUACGACACUACAUGCGUCUUCCGUCCGCAGCACAUAAGGGCGACAACACAGCGCUGGACUUCCGCUUCGGAUCGCUCAAGUAUACGAGUACGCUGAACGACCCGAAGAUCUGGGAUCUGGCGUGGUCGCCUGCAGAGAAAUUCAAGAAGAAGGCCCGGCGGUCGUUCCGUAGGACGGAGGGGUCGGAGACGGAGAAGCUCGAUGAGGAGGUUUACGAGUGGUAUUCUUUUUAGUGGGGCUGAAUUUUUUUUAAAAAAAAAAAACUAGAGAGAGGGAGAGAGAGAGAGAGAAGAAGAGGGAAUUGGUGUAAGAUACAUAUACAUACUUCCAUUAGUCUAGAAUGGUUUUUGCGUAUAGUGUAGAGUAGAAGAUGAGUAAGUAUCAAGACCACACACACACUACAUACACUCCUCACUUGUGUUUGGUUCUAUCAAUUGUACAUACAUUAUCUUUGGUUCCCUAAUUGGAGGUCACGUCAUCUCAAAAUUAAGGAGCAUUGUAUACCGACCAGGAUAUACUUGAUGAGCGAGAAUAAAAGCAACAUCAUAAAAAGAACAAAGGAGAGAGAGAGAAAAAAAAAAAGGGGGGGGG